AUGCAACAUGACAACACAUUGCAAGUGAAGACAUAUGUAGGUGAGCACACAUGUACACAGCUAUGGGAGAACCCUACUGUGAAGUCAACAUGGAUAAGCAAGAAAUAUGGAGAGAGUUUGAAGUCCAAUCCCCAGUGGCUAGUCAGGCCAUUCAAGCAAGCUGUUGAGAAGGAUUAUAAUACAGGGGUGUCAAGACAACAAGUGUAUAGGGCAAAAGAGAAGGCACUAAAGCUGAUUGAGGGCAGUUUCAAUGAACAAUAUUCAAGAAUUUGGGAUUACUGUGAGGAAUUAAGGAAGAGUAACCCAAGAACUACAGCAAUGGUUAAGUGUGAUUUCCAACAACAGUUGGGGCAACCAAAGUUUCAAAGGUUGUAUGUUUGUUUAAGAGCUGCUAAGGAAGGGUUCAAAGCUGGGUGCAGGCCUAUUAUAGGUUUAGAUGAGUGCUUUUUGAAGAGUGUUUAUGCAGGGCAACUGUUAACUGCUAUGGGUAUAAAUGCCAAUAAUGAAACCUGGGUAAUUGCUUUUGCAGUUGUGGAAUCAGAGUGCAAGGAAUCUUGGAUUUGGUUUCUGGAGCUAUUGGUUAAGGACUGUCAGAUUGUGAAUCAAUUUGGCUUCACCAUUAUAUCCGACAAACAAAAAGGUUUACUACCUGCUUUUGAGCAAGUGGUCCCUAUGUGUGACAACCGGUUCUGUGCAAGACACCUGUUUUCCAACUAUAGGCUACUUUUCAAAGCAAAAGCCUCAGAGACAAGUUUUGGGAAGCAUCAUAUGCAACCACUGUCCCCCACUUUACAAGGGCCAUGGAAGACCUAA